AUGACCAGAGAGACCACACCGACCGCCACCACCUCCACUUCACCUACACAACCAGCUGCUGCUCACGCCCCGCCUUCCCUCCCCAACUCGCCGCUUGCAAAGCGCACAAAGACAGAAUCCGCCGAGAUGACAACCGACAGUGUUCCCGCCGUGACCUCAAUCCAGCAGCCUCUGCCGCCGCUGUUGAUCAAAAAGCUAGUGCCCUCGGCCAAGGCCCCAACGCGGGGAUCUGCCUUUGCCGCGGGGUACGACAUGUAUGCCGCGAAGGAGACGGUGGUGCCGGCCAAGGGGAAGGCUCUGGUUGACACUGGAAUUGCAAUGGCUGUGCCAGAGGGAACAUAUGGUCGCGUGGCACCUCGCAGCGGUCUUGCCUCGAAGCAUUUCAUUGAUACUGGUGCCGGUGUCAUUGAUGCCGAUUAUCGGGGUGAAGUGAAGGUGCUGCUUUUCAACCAUUCUGAUGUUGAUUUCCCUGUCAAGGAAGGUGAUCGCGUUGCCCAGCUUGUCCUCGAAAAGAUCUAUACCCCCGAAGUCGCGGUUGUUGAAGAAUUGGAGGCGAGUGUCCGCGGUGCUGGUGGGUUCGGCAGCACUGGCGUUUAG